AUGGCUUCUCCACGGUUCGCUGUGCAACAGGCUCGCCAUGCGUCGUUCUCCUCGUAUCUCGUCACCCCUAAACAGCUCAAUGAAGCUCUUAAAAAGAACCCCCCAACAAAGAUCUCGACUUCUCCGAGGGUCAUACCCCUCUGUGCCGCAUGGUUUAUGCCCAAUGAUCCCGAGGGCCGUAAGGGAAUUGACUCUUUCCGCCAAUCGCGCAUUCCCCAAGCACGCUUCUUUGAUAUCGACGGCGUCAAGGACCAUGAUUCACCUUAUCCUCACAUGCUCCCAACUUGUGAGACCUUUGCAGAGGCUAUGAGUGAACUGGGAAUUCGCCGUGAUGACGAGAUUGUGGUUUAUGAUACCGCUGAGUUGGGAAUUUUCAGCGCCCCGCGUGUAGGCUGGACCCUGCGUGUGUUUGGUCACCCGAAUGUUCAUCUUCUCAAUAACUAUCGCCUCUGGAUUCGCGAGGGCCUUCCAACUGAGAGUGGUGAACCCGUACCUGUUGAGAAGUCGAACUAUCCCGUGCCGACCUAUGACUCCAAAAUCGUGAUACCUUUCCGUGAAAUGAAAGAGCUGGCCUUUGACUACGGCAAGGAAGGCGCCGAAGAAAUCGAGAUCUUGGAUGCUCGGUCUUACGGUCGCUGGGCUGGAACCGACCCGGAGCCGCGCCCUGGACUCUCAUCCGGUCAUGUUCCUGGGUCUAAGAGUAUGCCUUUCCAGGAACUGCUGGACCCCGAGACUAAGACCUAUCUGCCCGCCGAGGAGCUGAAGAAGAUCUUUGAAGACCGCAAGGUGGACCCCUCAAGGUCGAUUAUCAGUACCUGCGGCACGGGAGUGACCGCUACGAUUAUUGAAACUGCCCUUGGAGAGGCAGAUUUUGGAAAUCCCAAUCUCCGCCGAGUAUAUGAUGGCAGCUGGACAGAGUGGGCUCAACGAGUGAAAGAAUCGGAUGGAUUAAUCAAGAAGGUUAAGCCCUAA